UCAAUAAUUGAUGAUUAACUCCCAAAAUGACUCUUCUAAUACAGCCUGGUAUAUAUUAUUGACAUGCAGUGGUUAUAUGGCACCUGAGUAUGCUAUGGAGGGACUUUUCUCAGUGAAAUCAGAUAUAUAUAGCUUUGGAGUUAUGCUUCUUGAGAUUGUUAGUGGCAAGAAGAACACUUGUUUUCAGCAUGCAAAUAAUACAGUGAAUCUCCUUGGAUAUGCUUGGGAGUUGUGGACAGAGGGAAGGAGUUUGGAGCUUGUUGACCCAAUUCUGGGAGAUUUAUAUCCUCCCCAGGAGGUCUCAAGAUGUAUUCAUGUUGCAUUAUUAUGUGUGCAAGAUCAUGCAGCAGACCGGCCAAACAUAUCUGCAGUAAUCUCAAUGCUUCACAAUGAAACUUGUCUACCAUUCCCUAAACAACCUGCUUUCUAUAUUGCUAGAGAUGAGGGUCCAUCUUCUGACAAAGGGGACAUUUAUACUUUAAACAACGUUUCGUUUACAUCCAUGCAAGGUCGAUAGCAGUUUAAAAAAUAGUGUAGUCAAUGAAUUAAAAAA